AUGCGUACUGUUUGUGGUUGUCCUUUUCAGGGAGUGUUGUUCCCAUUUAUAGAUCCUACUGGGAACUCAAAAGUGAUUGAUGAUACUGCUUACUUUAGAGAAGAUGAGGAGAAUGACGAAAGAGGUGGUCGUGUUGUUGCUCUGAUAAAUGCUAAUCAAGACUGGACACAGUUCACUUGGGAACUUGAGGAACCAGCUGUUGCUGCAAGAAGGGGGAAGCCCAAGAUAAAUGAUCAUGGUUCCGAGUCUAGAAAGAAGAACAUGCUUUGUCAACGGGUGGCUGAACAUAACAGUGGUGUAUCAAGUGAAAUGAAGACUUUCAUGGAAGAUUUGUUUACCUCUUCUUUCACCUCUUUAAAGGAAGUGCUGCAGAAGGACAUACAAGAGCAAUUUCACAAGGUCAACAAUGAGAUAGAUCAGCUGAAGGAACAAAUGUUUCACCUUACGGGUCCUUCAAAUACAGUGGGAAGAGGCACAACAACUAAGACUCCGUGUCCUUCAGGAACAAUGGGAAAAGGCAAAGCAUCUGAGACUCCAGGUUCAGGCAAAGCAUCUGAGACUCCGAGUUCAGGCAAAGCAUCUCAGAGUAUGGGCUCAGGGAAAGCAUCUCAUACUAUGGUUUCCCCAGUAUCAAAGGAAAAAAUCAAAUGCAAGCAGGAAGGAAGCAAGGAUCCUCCUACGGUUCGUCGCAGCCCUCAGCCAGGAAGAAAUGUAACCAGAAAAUGA